CUGGGCUCGGUGCAAGGUGUCUGUGGCAAAGUUUAGUUUCCUUUUCUUGGUCCGCUUCGAGAGGACUGCAAAACAUGUAUUCCCGUUUGCACCUGAUUUGGCUGAUGCUGGCGGUGGGGGCGAUCGCGAGCACCUCAGCCCUCCGAUGCCUGCACUGCUCCAACUGCAUGAAAACGUCUGACACCUACCACGACUGCGACGAUAGCUACGAUGUGUGCAUGAAAAUUAACGUGGCAGGUCGCGUGGAAAAGAGGUGCGGCUACAGCUGGGCCUGCGGGCUCGGGGGCCUGGAGAGAGGCGCCGUCAGCAUGUGGAACGCCAUCAAAAACUCCGUCAGUGAGAGCGACCAGCAGGCAUCCGACGCCCAGCUCAUCUACUGCUGCGACAGGGACUACUGCAACGCCGCCGCGCCCGCGUCCCUGAGUUCCGUCCUCCUGCUGGCGGGCGCCCUUCUCGCUUACGCGCUGGCCUAGUUGCAGGGGCGGAACGGCUGUCCUCGCUACAUCUGGCACUCUCUCUCCGUCUGCCGCCUUUUUUGUCAGCCUCUCUCUUUGCUCACUCUUUCUUUCAUUCUUUUUUAUCACUCUUAUUAUUCACUCGCCUUUUCUGUCAGCCUGUCACUCUGCUCAUUCUGUGUCCCUUUCUUUCAGUCUGCGGUCUUUCUGUUCACAUUGUUUUCGUUCUUUCUCUCUGUACCUUCUCGUCUAUUGGUCUGUCUGCUAUUUAUUAUUUGAUCUUAGGUUUCUUGUUUUGUACGAGUUAUGUGUUCACAGUAAAAGAUUUGUAAUUUUA